AUACUUUAGGGGUGCAAAAUAUAAUUAGCCCAAAGUAAUUUGCAGAAACCAUCGCCAAGAUUAGUUGGGCAGGCAAACAAUCGCAGAGGCACGCACUUCGAAUUCUGCCUUCAAAUCAAUUCAAUUCAAUUAAAUCUCCCCUUUUAUUCCACCAUUUUUCUUGAUCCGCCAUACCUGCAAAUCAAAGCUUCUUCUUCCAAUAAAUAAUGGGCAACAGCUCCUCCAUGCUCACUCAAUACGACAUAGAAGAGGUCCAAGACCAUUGCAGCAACACAUUUUCGCAGCAGGAGAUUGUGUCACUGUAUCAGAGAUUCUGUCAAUUGGAUCGAAACGGAUGCGGAUUUAUCUCCGCCGAAGAAUUCAUGACCGUACCCGAAUUCGCCGUCAACCCCCUUUCUCAGAGAUUGUUUAGGAUGCUGGACGGAUUAAAUUUCAAGGAGUUUGUUGCAUUUCUAUCUUCUUUCAGCUCUCGAGCAUCAAUGCAGCAGAAAGUUGAAUUUAUUUUUAGGGUUUAUGACUCUGAUGGUAAUGGGAAGGUUACUUUCAACGAGAUGCUCGACAUAUUGCGGGACUUGACCGGUCAAUUUAUAUCUGAACAGCAGAGAGAGAAAGUUCUUGGUCACGUUCUUGAGGAAGCAGGCUAUACAAAGGAUUCUCUGUUAGCUCAAUCCGACUUCAUGAUGAUUCUUGGUAAUUCCAGUUUGAAGAUGGAAGUUGAAGUUCCUGUAGAUUAGGAAAAAAAAAAAUAUAUCUGCUAUGGCUAAUUUAUGUUUGUUAACUUAUUAUGGUUGAUUUAUUGAAUGAUUCCAUCUUGUAAGACUUAUAAUUGGCUUUACUGAAUAGCUUGACAAACAUAUCUGAUCGUUCAAAUAAUGUACACUUUUAUCGUACACUUU